CUUUGCUGCCUCUUUCGCAGCUGCCAGACCUGCUUUUGCUGCUGCUCAGAGAGAACAUAUUGGAGGUGCUUUUGCUGACAACGGAAAAGAUGAUGAGCUCAAGACACUGGAGUGAGACAAGCAACAGCAGCUGUGGGACCCAACAACCCUCGGAGUUACUGCAAUGUCAGCCGCAGCAUUACCAUUGCUACCAUCAGUCAAACCUAGUCCAGCAACCUCCAGAAAAAAAUGUGGUAUAUGAGCGAGUGAGAACCUACAGUGGGCCCAUGAACAAAGUAGUUCAGGCCUUGGAACCGAUCAGUUCCCGGGAAGUUCUCUCUCCUCUCAGAACUGCUGGCUCCUAUCAAAAUUUGGUUUGGAGUGACCAUUCCCAGGAACUCCAUUCUCCAACUCUGAAAAUAUCUACUUGUGCCCCAAGCACAUUACAAGUUAAUCAAAAUACUGAACAGGAACUACAUUUUCCAACGAUGAAAAUAAAUACCUACCCACAGACCACUAUUAGGAGUUACGUAGUUCAAAAUCCUGAUCAGGAGCCUCUCUCACCACUACUAAAAGGAGGCCAUUUCUUCCCAGGAAAUAAUGUUAUUUAUGAAAAAACAAUAAGAAAAGUGGAGAAGUUAAAUAUGGAUCAGGAAUGCUGUCCUCAGAUUCAAUGCCAUCAUCACAUUGUACAACAGCCCCAUAUAAUCCACUUUCCACACUGCCAACAAUCUUGCUCUGGUCAACAAAUUCAAACUAUUGUAGGAAAUGACUCAGAUUCUACAAAUACUGGAAAGGAAUUAUGCCAUGGUGGAUCAAGCCAUGUACAUGAUCAGGUGAUAAUUCAGGACGAUGGCCCUGAAAAAUUGGACCCCAAAUAUUUUGGAGAGUUGCUUGCUGAUCUAAGUCGCAAAAAUACAGAUCUAUACCACUGCUUAUUAGAACAUUUGCAGAAAAUUGGAGGAAGUAAACAGGACUUUGAAUCUACAGAUGAGUCAGAAGACAUUGAAUCACUGAUUCCUAAAGGAUUGUCAGAGUUCACAAAACAGCAAAUUCGUUAUAUUUUGCAGAUGAGGAGCAUGUCUGACAAGUCACUCCGGCUAGUUCUGUCUACAUUCAGCAACAUACGUGAGGAGCUUGGACAUCUUCAAGAUGAUUUGACAUCCCUGGAAAAUGACAAAAUAAGACUUGAAAAAGACUUGACAUUCAAAGAAGCUCAAAUAAAAGAGUAUGAAGAACUCUUGGCAUCAGUGAGAGCAAAUAAUCGCCAGCAACAGAAAGGACUUCAAGAUUUGACUUCAAAAUGCCAGAUGUUGGAAGAAAACAAUCUCUCUCUUAGACAUACAUUAUCAGACAUGGAAUACAGACUAAAAGAACUGGAAUACUGUAAAUGUAAUUUGGAGAAAGAGAAUAAAAAUCUUAGAAUACAGAUUUCUGAGACUUGCACAGGUCCGAUGUUGCAGGCUAAAAUGGAUGACAUUGGGAACCACUACAUGGAAAUGGUAAAAAGUUUAAGAAUGGAGAAAGAGAGAGAGAUCUGCAAGCUAAGGACUCAGCUGAACCAGUACCAAAAAGAUAUUUCAAGAAGAGAAGGAAGUUGCAGUGACUUCCAAUUCAAACUCCAUGAACUGACAAGCUUGUUGGAAGAGAAGGAUUCUCUUAUAAAGCGUCAGUCAGAGGAACUCUCGAAAUUGAGACAAGAAAUAUAUUCAUCUCAUAAUCAACACUCCAGUGGUGGAAGGACUACUAUCACAACUAAAAAGUAUAGGACACAAUAUCCUAUUCUAGGCCUCCUCUAUGAUGACUAUGAAUAUAUACCACCAGGUAGUGACACACAGACUAUUGUUAUUGAGAAAACGGAAGAUAAAUGGAGUUGUCCAUGAAUGAAUCUCCAAACCAAAGAAGUUUUUUGAGUGUGUCUGCAUUAGUACUUUAUUAUUUUUCUAUCACCAAAUGCAAAUCAAAAGUCUUAACCAGCGAUUAUCCAGUGGAUCUAAUGGAAUGAAUUAGAUCUGUCGAAGAGUUUCUCUGGCCAUCUGUGACACCGAAUUCUGUACUAUCACAGUGAUGCAUUCAAUUUAGUAAUAUACAACUCCUUAAAACUUCAACUUAGACACUAUACAACAUAAAGUGCUGUUUUUCAAUAAGGUACUUCCUAGAUACUUAAUUUGUCAUGGUAGAGAUUUUAUAAGUCAUUCCAGGAGAUUCUCACUGAUAUAUAUGCAAUAGUUACAAAUAUAAGUAUUGUUUCUUUAAUAAGAGGCUAGCCUAUUUUAAAAUUGAAUUUCAAACUGAAUUUUAAAUUGAAUUUUAAACUUAAUUUUAAAACUGAAGUUUAAACUGAAUUUUAAUAUUGAAGUUUAAACUGAAUUUUUAAAAAUCAUUUUACCAAGUUCCAUGGGAUAUGCAGCAUAUAGUUGCCUCCCUCCUUUAAUCUUUGUGAGAUGCUUUAUUAUAUGCAACUCUUGGAGAAAAAUUAAAUUUCAGGUGAUGGUGAAUUUAAUUUAGCAGGGAAGUGGGAUAAUAGCUUUUAAAAAACGAAAUCCAUUAAAUACCAUAUAUUAUGCUAUCAAGAUUCUAAGAACCUAUUAGUGGCUUGUAAAAUCUGUUCUUUCAAAGUAUACCUCUUAGACCUCCCACAUCCUCAAACACAUAUAACUCUAUAUUAUACUAGUAGGAGGAAGAAAGGUGGACUUCUUUAAAAUAGUGGAAUAGAAAAGACAUUGCAAUAUUGUAUAAAUACCUAGGGAACAAAAAUAGCAACAACAAAUAUUGCUCUAUACUACUUAGAAAAAAGAUAUUUAGAAUAUUUAAUAUGCUUAGAAGUUGGUUGAUUAAAUUAAAAUGACCUUAUAAAGUAAAUGCAAGAAUUUUUAAUACAUUGGAACAAAGGAGUGAAAUUUUUUUAACUUAAAUUCCUCUGGCUAAAGUUAAGAAUGAUAAAAGUGGGGGAUGGAGAGGGCACUUGUUUGUGGCUGACCUGUGUUCGAUUACCAGCAUCCCAUUGGGUCCUUGGGCCAAGGAGCACACCUGUGUGGCCCCCCCCAAAAAAUGAUCAAAAUAAUUUGCAUAUGAGAAAAUACAGAUUAAGGUAAUAAAUAUACUUGACCUAUAUAUUAUGAAUUUGUGCAUGGAAACAUACAAUUCUAUAAUAUUCUGAUUUUCUUCUGGUAAUUGUUAUACUUAGAAAAUGUUAAGAUAGGAAAAGAUGAGGCAUUAUGUGAAAGCAAACCAUAAAAAGAAAUGUUUAAUAAUAUUAUGGGAUUAUUAAAAUAGAUAUUGGUAUAAAGAUUAAACUCUUAUUUAUGUAAUUUUGACAAACCUUGACAAAAUGUUACUCAAUUAAUAUACCAACAUUAUCAAAAUUGUGUGAUGUAAAAUUUGAUAUUCUCCCUGAAUUAUGUGGUCUUAACCUUUUUCCCCUUCAUAAUGUGAAGAGUAGAUUAAAUUUGACUGAGUUAUAUGUAACGGUAACUGUUCUAUAUAUUUUACUGAAAUGUUAUCCACUUAUUACAUGUGAUAUAUGAAAAAUGUUGUAGCCUAAUAGUAUCUGCUAUUCUGAAUAUUUAAAUAUUCUUGAAUAAAAUUUAGUGUAAACAAUUUAGAGCAGUUAAGAAGUCAGCACCAGUGAUUUACUUAACCCAUGAUGUGCGUCUGUGGGUCAUAAAAAGGUCCUUAUUAUACUUUAUGGAUUUAAAUGUUUCUUUUACAAUUUGAAAUUACAGUCAAUAGAAACAUGAGUGAUUUUUUUUCUCACAAGAUUCAAAUGUAUCUAUGAAAAUUGUAAAGAUGUCUUUUCAUUAAUGCCUGUUAAUCUAAUUUCUAUUUGCAAUGUUUUCACUUCAGAUUUAUCAAAUAAAAUGGAGAUUGUGCAAUGGAAUGCAAAGUAAUUUGAUUAAAUAAAAUAUAGAUUAUACUUAUUUUUUUGAAGUCCUGGAGGAAACAUACAAGACAGAUUUUCGCCACAGCUGUACAUAUUUUUUUCAGAAAUUUGCUAUCAUGUAAAUGUUCAUUGUUU